AUGACCCUUCGGAUCCUAGACAUUUAACGACGAAGUUGGAGAAGCUUUGCGGCACAGGAAAAAAGUUAGGGUUUAUACAGAAGCAUUCUCUACAAUGAUUUACGACGUCAACUCUCCUCUCUUUCGUUCCUUCCUUAGCCAGAAGGGUGGCUCCUCUGAUAAGAGAAAAAUGGAGGAGCAAAAGCCAAAGGAACAAAGGCCCAAAGCAAGCGAGAAUAAGCCUGUUAUGACAGAGUAAAGCUGUUAUGAUGGAGUGACAGGUGCCUUGUCUACUGAAGCUUUAAAUGGGUUUGAAUGAAUGAAAGAUUUUUCAAAUUGAUAUUGUGAAAUGUCAGGAAUUUUGAUUAUCUUGUCUAAUAUGAAUGAAUGUAUUGCUGGACUAAGUUCUUAAAUUUGUAGCUUGUUUGGAUACGGUGUUAUUUUGAGAUUGCGAUGGGAAUAGAAUUCUGAGAAAUUGUUUUGCAGUGAAUUUGGUAAUGGUAUCAAAGCAUAUGAUGAUAUAGCAUCUCAACUACAUGACUUGGAGUGUUA